AUGAGUACAGUUCAAAUGAAACAACACAUAAACUUAUUAAAAAAAGCUGUUGGCGAAAUUAAGGACAGCACUUAAGAGAGAAUAACUUAGAUAUCGACAGAAGUCUAAUUUAAUCCUCAAGAUAAUAAAGAAUUUAAUGAUUUACUCAACGAAAUUAAAUAAGACACAUUAAGAAAAUUGCACGCGUUUUAUGAAUUGAAAGUAAAUAAUAAGACAAAUGUAUAUUAAUAAGAAUUGUCUAAUUGUUCAACAAAUUAUUCAGAAUUAUAACAAUAAGUUUUAGAACAGCAGGAAAUUGUGAAAGAAAAAAUUAAUUAGAAUUUGCAAAAAAGAGAACAAUAUGAUAAAUUGGCAAUUAGAAUGGUUCUCAAUUACGAAAGACUAAAAUUAUAUAAGAAAUAUUUUAAAUCUCUAAAAUAAUAUGCAGAUAGAAAAAGUAAAAGUAGAUUAGCAAAAUUCAAUGCUUAUUAAAAAUAUUAGUUAGGAUUAUAAACUAAGGUAUUUUAUUAUUGGAGAAGUACAUGUCACAAAACUGGAUAUUAAACUAUGCUUAUAACUUAAGCUGCUAAAGAGAUUAAGAACAUUUAAUCAUAAUUUAUUGAUAUUGUUAAAAUUUUGAAAGCAAAAAUAGCUGAAACAGAGGAAUAAAUCUAAAUUAAGAAAAAUGCUAAAGCUGAGUUCUCUUACAAUUUGAGUAGAAAUCUAUUAAAAACUAUAAGUAAUUUAUCUAUGGAAGUUAUGUCUCUUCAUUAGGUUACUAUAAAAGAUAAUUAGAUUAAUAAUGAUGAAAAUACUAAAUUUUUGAAGGAAGUUAAUGGUUUGAUUCAAACUAAAAUGAACAGUAUUCAAUAAUUUAAGGAAAAACUAAAGUCAAAUGAAGAAGCAGCAGCAUCAGAGACCUUUAAAAAGAAUAAACAAACCAUUUAAUUUGAUCUUUAAAAUUAGUCAAGAAAAUGAUUUAUAUAUAUAUAACAUAUAAUUUAGAGAUUUAUCAAUAAAAAAA